GUUUUAAGAAUUUAAUCAAAAAUAAAUUUGCCCUAACGGCCUAACGUUAGAGCAACGUAAUUGCCGUUCUUUGUGUCCCUCUCUCUCUCCAAACAUUAAUUCACAUUCCCCUCCCUCUCCCUCUCUGAUGGUGAGCUUGGUUCAGGUCGGAAAUUCUGACUGCAGGAGCCGGAUUUCCGAUCAAUGGACAUUGAUUUCUGAUUUCCAGAGGAGAAACGGCUUGGUUUCCUCUGUAAUCUGAGGGUUGAAAGAAAAGGCUAGGGUUUUGCAGGGAGGAAGGAGAGGCUUGUUGCCUCGCAAUGUGGACGCCAAAUAGGAGGGUUUAGGGUUCGUGAUUGCGGAGUUUUUAAGGGCUUGGAAAAUGGGGAGUCUUUGGAACUCUGAGAAGGAAGAUGAGCUAGCAUUGUUCUUUGAAAUGCGCACGCGGGAAGACGAUCUUCUCCUGCUUCAGAAUUCUGAUGUGUUUGAUGCUCCUCUUGGAUCAACAGCUGGAAGCUCUCCAAGAUUCAGUAUUGCGUCGGCUGCUGCUGCUUUGGAGAUUGAUGCUGAUGAUUUGCUGAGUGCAGAAACUGAUAAAAAUGACUAUGAAUGGCUUAUGUCACCUCCUAAUACUCCACUUUUCCCUUCAUUGGAGUUGGAGUCAGCAGAAACAGUAACAGAAAAUCUGUUGGGAACACCUGAAACCUUUGCACCUGUGCAAACGCGCAAGCUAUCAGAUCCCUAUCAGUCCAGUGCAAGAAGAAGCAGCUUCGCAACUAAAGACCCAAGAUCUCCACAGUUAAACAUUUCAAGUGCAGCUGGUGGCCGAACGCCCUCCACAUCUUCAAGCAGAUCAAAACAUUCAACCUCAAGUGGGAAACUGUAUUCGAGCAAAUCCAUGUCAGCGUCGACCUCAUCAUCAUUGACGUCUAAACCAACACCAAGCACACCAUUGAAACGAUCAUCAACUAGAGUGAGCCCUAUACUAUCAUCAUCCAGUGCCACAUUGCAUUCAACCAAUCAGCAACACAAAACGAGGUCCUCCUCCACGCCAACUAUGAGGCCAUCUAUUAUUCAUGCUCAACCUAAGUCAACACCAAGGAAUUCAACCCUAACUUUACAGCCGAAAAAGACAACGCAAAAUCUCCACCCCCAACAUUCUACUUCUCUAGCUACAAAACAGAGAUCGCCAAGGCCCCCUACUCCCUUGCGUAACUCUCUUGAUGCUACUUCUAUGACACCAUCACUACCAGACAAGCAGCCAGGAUCUACCCCCACUAGGGGUAGAUCCGGAGCACAUGCUGAACCCCCUUCUUCUGUAAGAGGGUCUAGGCGUCAAUCGUGUUCUCCGAGGAGAGGCCUUCCAUCUCCUAAUCAAUUUAUCCAUAGCAGCGGUGGAAGAUCUGUUCCUCCCUCAAAUAUGAGUUGCUUACACGCCAAAGCUAACAUUAAGGCUAGCCCCGCUGCAGUUGGAACUAAGAUGGUUGAGAGAGUGGUAAGUAUGCAGAAACUGGCCCCGCCGAAGCAAGACAACAAUAGUAGCAGACAUUCUUCUUCCAGCUCCGGACUUGGUAGGACAAUCUCGAAAAAAUCUUUGGAUAUGGCUAUGAGGCACAUGGAUAUUAAGCGAAGCCUUCCAACGAGUAACAUAAAGCCAUUGAUGACUCAAAUUCCAGCAUCAUCAACACCAUCGUACAGAACAAGUUCAGGACGGGCUCAAAGUAAAGCAGAAAGUGUUAGCCACGGGACUGAUGGGUCCAGAGCAGAGAAUCUCAUUAAUAAAGGUGAUUCUCAAAUUCACCAUGCUCGUAUUGAUGAUGGAUAAUACUUUGGGUCAUUCUGUUGCAGAAUAUAUAUCGUAUUGAGUAGUUUUGGGGGGGGGGGGGGUUGUUUACUUAUGUACAGAUCAAUGU